AGGAAUUAUAUGACAGAGGAUGCUCUGUGGUCGAUGGGUUCCUUGGUACAGAAAAUCUUAUGCUACUGGUCCAUAUUUCAUCCCGGCUGCUCAAGUUGUCUGCAUCUGUCCUGAGAACUGAUCGAAAUGAAUGUCCGUUUUCUUCGUCGCUGUGUACCAUCAUUCUUGUCACUUAGGGAAUUCUGAGCAUCGUUGUUUUACUCUCGCAGUGUUGACUAGUGUGAAACCUUGUGCCCUCGCUCUCAUCCUCCUUGCCUUGGCGUCCAUACUCCUUGCUUCUUUCUGUUGAUUACUCGUGCGUCAGUGAUACGCUUUCUGUUUUUUCUCCACGGUUCACUUUCUAAGGGAUGCUUUCUUGAACCCCUGAGGUAUAUAUCAGGUUCUAUGUUUGCUAGCAGACGUUUGCAGCGGGUAGCGUGGAAUCUGCGGGACUAGAAGUAAUCAAACGGUGUUGCACUUGCGAUUGAAAGGCUCGGGGGACGGGUUAGGGUUUGUUGGAGUAUCGUGUUUUCUAUCAGGGAAGCAUGCCGCUUACAGGUACUCAAGGAAGCGAUCGAAAGAUCGCGAUUGCAGUUGAUUUGAGUGAUGAAAGUGCCUAUGCGGUGAAGUGGGCAGUGGCCAACUAUCUUCGCCCUGGCGACAACGUAGUCAUCCUCCAUGUGCGGCCUACGAGUGUUCUUUUCGGAGCAGACUGGGGCGCAACGGACCAAGUUCUCGAACCUGAUGACAAGGAGUCUCAGCAGAAAAUGGAAGAUGAUUUUGACACCUUUACUGAGACUAAGAGCGCCGACCUUGCCAAACCGCUGUUGGACGCCGGAAUACCGUACAAGAUUCAUAUUGUGAAAGACCAUGAUAUGAAAGAGCGAAUCUGCUUGGAGGUUGAGCGUCUUGGAGUCAGUGCAAUGAUCAUGGGAAGCCGAGGUGUAGGUGCUACAAGACGAUCUCGUAAAGCUCGUCUUGGAAGCGUCAGCGAUUACUGCCUUCAUCAUUGUGAGUGUCCCGUUAUUGUUGUGAGGUUUCCGGAGGACAAAAAUGGGGAAACCAUCGUGCAUCGCUCGAAUUCUAGACCAAGAACCCCCAGCCCACAUGCGUCCCCAAGCCCAUCUCCCAAAGUUCCGGCCCCAGCCGUGCAGAAGCUCGAAGGUGUGGAUGAGGUGUCUGUUUGAGAAAAAAUCAUUGGCGCAACCCAUUUCAAGACACAUCUGUAGUCAUUUAACGUUCCUCGACUUCGCACACAAUAUGGAUCAUACCGAAUAUCCCAGCUACCUGUUACAUCCUUCAGGGAAAUAAUGUGAUAAGGCUUGGUUUCACUGUUAGGGGUACAAUCCGAUUUCAGUACGUUGAAAUACUAUUUGGCAAUGACCCACAGUCUUGCUCACAUCUCGUUUGUAAAAAAAAGAAAACUCUGAACCUUCUACUAUGUCGUAUUAGAUCCUCUUUGCGAUUUGUUUGCCAUUUUGAAGAGUCCAUGAGUCGAGACCAUUGUUGCAUUGACCUGACCUUGUGUGGAACACAUGGGUCACAGUUGGUGAGGCGGGACUUCAUGGAUUUAGCGUGUUUGCUGCUGUUCUCAGGACAUGAUGCUUCGUUAAAUAAUAAAAUAGUGUUUUCGAAACACAGGCAUGACGCAGUA